CCGCCAGUAAGUCGCCAAGACCUACGUCAGGAGCUCUGCACGAAAGGGCAUCGAACCUUGCGAUUUUAAUUUGCGUCCGGGAGGAUGUCCGAGCCAGGAGACCUGAAUCCGGCCAUCGUGGAGGAAGGCGGGACUGAGCAGGAGUCGGCCACCCCAGAGAAUGGCAUUGUGAAAUCCGAGAGUCUGGAUGAAGAGGAGAAACUCGAAUUGCAGAGGCGGCUGGCAGCUCAGAACCAAGAAAGAAGAAAAUCCAAGUCAGGAGCGGGAAAAGGUAAACUGACUCGCAGCCUUGCUGUCUGUGAAGAAUCCUCGGCCCGACCAGGGGGAGAAAGUCUUCAGGACCAGGAAUCAAUUCAUUUACAGCUUUCCAGUUUUCCCAGCCUGCGAGAGGAUGAUAAAUCUAGGAAAGAUGACUCAGAAAGAGAAAAAGAAAAGGAUAAAAACAAAGAUAAAACCUCUGAAAAGCCCAAGAUCAGAAUGUUAUCAAAAGAUUGCAGCCAAGAAUACACGGAUUCUACUGGCAUAGACUUGCAUGAGUUUCUGAUUAACACAUUAAAGAAUAAUUCCAGGGACAGGAUGAUACUCUUGAAAAUGGAGCAGGAGAUUAUUGAUUUCAUUGGUGACAACAAUAAUCAUUAUAAAAAGUUCCCUCAGAUGUCAUCCUACCAGAGGAUGCUUGUCCAUCGAGUGGCAGCUUACUUUGGGUUGGAUCACAAUGUGGAUCAAACAGGGAAAUCUGUUAUCAUCAACAAGACCAGCAACACAAGAAUACCAGAGCAAAGGUUUUGUGAACAUUUAAAAGAUGAAAAAGGUGAAGAAUCCCAGAAGCGGUUUAUCUUGAAGCGAGAUAACUCUAGUAUUGAUAAAGAAGACAAUCAGCAAAACAGAGUGCAUCCAUUUAGAGAUGACAGACGAAGUAAAUCAAUUGAAGAGAGAGAAGAGGAGUAUCAGAGAGUGAGGGAGAGAAUAUUUGCACACGAUUCAGUUUGCUCCCAGGAAAGCCUUUUUGUGGAAACCAGUAGGCUCUUGGAAGACAGUAACAUAUGCAAUGAGACCUAUAAGAAAAGACAGCUCUUUCGGGGCAACAGAGACGGCUCGGGGAGAGCAGCCGGGAGUCGACAGAGCAGCUCCGAGAAUGAGCUCAAGUGGUCGGACCACCACCGGCCCUGGAGCAGCACGGACUCUGAUGGCUCCAACCGCAAUCUCAAGCCCGCCAUGGCCAAGACGGCAAGUUUCGGGGGCAUCACGGUGCUGACCAGGGGCGACAGCACAUCCAGUACCAGGAGCCCCGGGAAGUUGUCCAAAGCAGGCUCUGAGUCUAACAGCAGCACAGGCUCCUCCGGGUCGCUGCCCCGCACCCACGCACCUCUGCAGAGCGCGCCCCUGGCCCCAAGCGUGUCCACCGGCUCUCCUGGUUGUGUGCCCUAUCCCGAGAACGGAGGAGGGGGCCAGGCCGCCCCUAGCACCAGCUACAUCCUCCUUCCACUCGAGGCUGCGACAGGCAUCCCGCCCGGAAGCAUCCUGCUCAACCCGCAUACAGGACUUCUGGCACCUGUUUAUCCGAAUUGCUUCCACCUCCUUCUGAAACGCGCCGAGACGUUCUCCUCCCGGCACCCCGGCUUACCUCUGCCCCCUGCACCCUUUACCUGUGCCAGUGCACCUGCCAGGGCCUGCCGGUCGGUGCAGGGGCUACAGGCUUCCUCUCAGUCAGUGCAAUACCCAGCGGUCUCUCUUCCUCCCCAGCAUCUCCUGCCUGUGUCUCCAACGCAGCAGUUCCCCAUGAGAGACGAUGUGGCGACGCAGUUCACCCAGAUGAACCUGAGCCGGCAGUCCUCAGGAGAGACUCCUGAGCCCCCGUCUGGUCCUGUCUACCCAGCGUCCCUCAUGCCACAGCCAGCCCAACAGCCAAGCUACGUCAUUGCCUCCACAGGCCAGCAGCUCCCUGCUGGGGGGUUCUCGGGCUCUGGACCUUCCAUCUCCCAGCAGGUCCUCCAGGCCCCUCCCUCACCACAGGGAUUCGUGCAACAGCCUCCACCUGCACAGAUGCCCGUCUAUUAUUACCCAUCCGGUCAGUACCCUACCUCAGCCACACAGCAGUACCGGCCCCUGGCCUCCGUUCAGUACGGUGCUCAGAGGGGUCAGCAGAUACCGCAGGCCGCGCAGCAAGCAGGUUACCAGCCAGUCCUGUCUGGUCAACAGGGGUUCCAAGGCCUCAUAGGAGUGCAACAGCCUUCCCAGAGUCAGAACGUGAUGAGCAACCAACCGGGGAAUCCGGUGCAAGGCGUGAUGGUCUCCUACCCAACAAUGUCUUCUUAUCAGGUGCCAAUGACCCAGGGCUCUCAAGGACUUCCCCAGCAGUCAUACCAACAGCCAAUCUUGCUACCUGACCAGGCAGGUCAAGGGUCUCUCCAGGCCACCGGAAUGCCUGUCUACUGUAACGUCACACCGCCGACCCCUCAGAACAACCUGAGGCUGAUCGGUCCACACUGCCCCUCCAGCACUGUCCCCGUGAUGUCGGCUAGCUGCAGGACAAACUGUGCAAGUGUGAGCCACACCGGGUGGCAGGUCAAAUUCUGA